UGGUGAGAUGUUGUCCAGCCUGCAGGUUAGCUACAAACAGCUGUAGCGUUAGCCACCGAGCGACGACAGGAAGCUAACGUUAGCUAACAGCCUGGCCUGUCGACUGUGUUUCUCUAAUCAGUAACGAGGUAAAAGCGCAGGAACUCAUGUCAGGUUCUUCAUUUUGCACGUCUUGUUUUCGCCACAGUCAUGGUGUGCAUUCCCUGUAUUGUGAUUCCUGUCCUUUUGUGGGUCUACAAGAGGUUCCUGGAGCCUAUCCUGUAUCCCUUCAUCUCACCAAUCAUUAACACAUUCUGGACCAAAAAGGCCGUCCAGGAGACGGGCACCAGUGACCAAAAAGUUAGUGAAAACAGCAAUGGGACAAUAAAGGCUGAAAGCAAUGGUGACGCCAAUGCCAACGGAUCGACUAUAGCAGCAGAUAAGAAGACGGACUGACAACUUCAAAUGUUUAUAAUGUUUUGAAAACGCUGUAAAUAUUCCAGUAAUAUA